CUCUCGCCGGUUCGCAGGAGGCUGGACCUGGCGGCGGGAAGGAUCCCUGCCCCGCUUGAAAGGUGAGCCGGGACGGCAGUCUAUCCACCCCACACCGAGGCUCAGGACGGUCCCAGCUGCGCGGAGGCGGCGACGGCGUCGGCGACUCGCCCUCUUCGGAGGCUCCCGGUCACGCCCGGGGAUUCGCAGGCCGCCCGUUUUGCGACCCUCGGCCUGGAAACGGCCACGCUGCUCGUUUAUUAAGGCUCGAAGAGACCGUGGGCCGCGAAGCCUUUCUCUCCACGCUGCGGAAGCCGGCCCCCCGUUUAAAGGGAGCGGGCGUUGCAAGAAGCGGAAGCGCCUGUUGUGGGGGUGUGGGUUUUUUUUUUUUGCUUCUGAAAAGGACGUGAAUUCAAAACGCUUUAAAGAAGGCGCCUAAACCUCAAAAGGAAAAGCCGCUGAGGAAAGGAGGGGGAAAGAAAGGAAAAAGCCGCAGGAUGGAGAGAGAAUUUGUGUAUGAAUUCAAGGCCGGGAAGCAGCAUUUUCUGCUGACCGUGCCGCUGAAGUUCCCCGUCCAAGAAAACGUUAGUCAUUUGCCUAGGCGCCUAAUGCUGCUUCAUAAUUUGCCUUGCUUCGUGGAAAACGGCUUGAAAGAGUCUCUGACUAAAUUCAUAGAGGAGGAAUCCGUGGAAGAUUUUGACAGAGAGGCCGAAGCGGCCCUGGAGGCUGUGAAGUCUGGUAAAAUGGAUUUACACCAGCUGGCGAAGGCUUGGGCCCAAGCUUACACUGAGGCAACUUCCGAGCAUGCCAGACCAGAAGACACCAGCUGGGAUGAGGAUUUUGCAGAUGUUUACCAUGACUUGAUCCACUCUCCUGCCUCUGAAACGCUGUUAAACUUGGAACAUAAUUAUUUUGUUAGCAUCUCCGAAUUAAUAAGCGAGAGGGAUGUGGAGCUGAAAAAACUCAGAGAAAGACAAAGGGCAGAAAUGGAUAAGGUAAUGCAAGAACUGGGGAAAUCAUUAACAGAUCAAGAUGUAAACAUGUUGGCAGCUCAGCACUUUGAAUCCCAGCAGCUACUGGAGAACAAGUGGAGCAGUGAAUUGAAACAAACCACCGCAAUCCAAAAACAGGAGUAUCAAGAAUGGGUGGUAAAAGUUCACCAGGAUCUGAAAAAUCCCAACAGUACUAUUGGUGAUGAGAUCAAACCUAAUCAGUGGAGAGAAUCUGAAGAAGGAACUGGAAGACUCUUUGAAGACCAGAGGCAAUUGGAAGAAAGUUUCACUAUCCAUUUGGGAGCGCAGCUGAAAACCAUGCAUAAUCUGCGACUACUGAGGGCAGAUAUGCUAGAUUUUUGCAAGCACAAGCGCAGUCACCGCAGCGGAGUUAAACUCCACCGUCUUCAAACGGCACUAUCACUUUAUUCAACUUCCCUUUGUGGUCUAGUCUUGCUUGUGGAUAAUCGCAUCAGUUCGUACAGUGGGAUCAAAAGAGAUUUUGCAACUGUUUGCCAGGAGUGUACAGAUUUCCAUUUUCCUGGAGUUCAGGAACAGCUUGAAGUUGUUCAGCAAGUUGUACUUUAUGCCCGAGCACAACGCAGUAGUAAAGCCAAAAGACUCAAUGAAGCAGGAAACAGAAAUAGUGGCAAUGAAGAUAAAUCUAAGAACGGGGAACAGAAUCAAUCAAAUAUUUUUCCAGGAGAAUUUUAUAUCACCCGACAUUCAAAUCUCUCUGAAAUUCAUGUGACUUUUCAUCUUUGUGUGGAUGACAAUGUGAGGUCAGGUAAUAUUACAGCCCGGGAUCCUGCAAUUAUGGGUCUCCGAAAUAUCCUUAAAGUGUGCUGCACCCAUGAUAUCACCACAAUUAUUAUUCCUCUUCUGCUGAUACAUGAUAUGUCUGAAGAAAUGACAAUAUCUUGGUGUCUGAAAAGAGCAGAACUUGUAUUUAAGUGUGUCAAAGGAUUUAUGAUGGAAAUGGCUUCCUGGGAUGGUGGGAUUUCUCGAACUGUUCAAUUCUUGGUACCACAAAGUAUUUCUGAAGAAAUGUUUUAUCAACUGAGUAACAUGUUGCCACAGAUUUUCCGUGUGUCAUCUACGCUAACUCUGACAUCCAAACACUGAACUCUCCAAAAUUCUGCAAAGGACGUGAACAUGAUUGUUGAAAUUCCCAACAGAAGCACUUGGCAAUAUUUUAAAAGCCCCACUGUACUUUCAUGCCUACACAAAGGGAAAUGGAUAAUGGGUUAUUUUUUUUCCUUCUUUUUCUGCCAUUUUGGGUUCCAGUCCCUCUCUCUGUUAAAUGCUGUUCUAAGGUCCUUCCAACUCUUAGAUAACAAGAACUGUAGUAGAAAAGUGGGAAGCUAAAUGUCUGUGUAUCACUGGAAAGUAGCUGUAUGUUGAAACUAUAAUUAUCAAAGGAAAAAAACCUUGCUUUUUAAAAGAUAUGGAUGUUUUCAUAUAGAAAUUUCCCUACGUGCUUUGAGGGUGAUACUAGUUUGUUAUUUCACAGAAUAGAAUGUUAACACAGGCAAAUACAAUGAUAACAUGUACUAAACAGUUUUUAUAGUACCAGGUGGGAUUUAGAUUAUAUUUUUUUUCUGUAGGGCUGUAACUUCUACUUUGAAAUAUUUGGCUGGAUUUUUGCAGCCCAAAUAUAGUAGUCCUAUUUGAAAUGGCAUUAUGUUUUGGUCUUGAGUUCAUAAAAGAGAUAAACAUGAGAAUUCAAAACCACUGCAGUAAAUUAAUAGCUUCAGUUUUUUAAUAAGAACAGGGGAGCAAUUCAUGUCCUUCAAAUUUCAUUGUGGGAUUCAUGCACUUUACCUAGCCAUAUACUGUGAUCAUUUGCUUGGUUUUAGCUUCAUAUGUUGUGUAAACUUGACCAUUGUAGUUUGCAAAUCAUGGCUUUAAAAACUUGAUUCACACAAUGUGUAGAAAAAUAUAAUUUCCCCUGCAAAGACACAAGAUAUUCUUUCUAUACUAUAGUUGGUGAAAACAACAUUCAGGACAACUACAUCUUAGUUAUAUCUUUCUGCCAGUAGGCAAAAACAUUUCCCUUAAAGUACAUUGAUGGGUUUUGGGUGUGGAUUUGGUCAAAUAUGGUGCUAUUCAAUAAUGAUAACAUUAGAGAACGAGGGGAUGGAAGUUGAAGAAAUAAAUUAUUGUUUAAAAAGUAUAACUAUAAUUUAAUCUCAAAUUAAUUAAAUUAACCAGGCAUGCCUCUGCUCUGGUCUACUCUGUGCUGCUCUUGGUACAAAUAUGCCUCUGUUUCAUCUAGAUUAAGAAAUGAGUUUGUAACCCACAAUUAAUACUAAUUUAAGUUUGGUUUUAGGUUGGAAUUUGUACACACACACACAACACACACACACACAGAGACACACAAGAUAAUGGAAUAUGUAGAGAAGCAAAAUACACAUAUCUCUAAUUAGAUUAUUUAGGAACGUGGACUGGAUCAUUGACAAUUAUUAUGACUUUGUUGU